GUACGUGUUGUGAUAACGGUAGAGACACCGAAGGAAGUUGUUACAUUUGUAAGUACUCAAUACCGGGAAUAGUGAUAAUCGGCGGGUGUAAGGAUGGUCGAUAGUAUUACGUAUUGUGUUGACUUUGGCGCCGUUAUCACGUCGUUAUCGGCCGGGACAGAGUACACACGAGCCCAACGGGACAUUUUACAUGUGUGGUGACAAAGACAACAAAUACAGACAGCAUCACAGACAACGCACACGGCACCAGUCCAGGGGAGUGUUGAUCAGGCGUUUCACGUCAACAUGAUAUCAUUCUGGCACGUGCUGUUGCUUCCCCUUCUCUUUGGAAUUAGUAUGCAAGAUGUAGUGUCGAAUACAGGGUGUCCCAGUUCAGCUGACCGCGUUACUAAAACCAUACCAGAAAAUUUACCAAAAGGAACGGAGCUUUUCAUCUUCACAAACAUAAGUGGUAUCACGCUUUCUGAGCCAGAAUCAUCACAUUUUAAUGUCAUUGCUAAGGGAGGUGACAGGUACGGAAUCAACGUCCUGAAACCAUACGACUUCGAGAAGCUUCAGUCGUCGACGUCGUUGUUCAGGGAGAGUGUUCCUUUUACAUGUACUUCGAAAGAUGGACAAGUCGUACAGGGUAAUCUUAUGAUUGUAGUGACAAAUGUGAUAGAAAGUUCACCAGACUUUGGAAGCAGUAAUUAUUCACAAUUCGUUAUACCGGAGAACACUCCGAUCAAUACCGAAGUUGGCACACUCCACGUUACCUUGGCAGACGACAGGGAUGGAAAUAUUAUUGUCAACUUUGGACUG